AUGAACGUCGUCAAUAAUACCCUUCGUCAACCAGACCAUGGAUACAAAUAUGAGAACAGGGUAGAACAGGGGAGGGAAGGCGAUGACAAGAUGGAAGUGGAUGAGCAGGGACAAGGGGAUGGGACAAAUGCCGAUCAAAAUGAACAGGCUCAAGAUCUAGAUUAUUCAUACUCCCGGUCGCAUUCUCACUCUCAUACUUCACAUUUUUCCAUUCGCCAAGAUUCGUCGAUACAUCCACUGAAACCUUCUCCAUCUUCAUCUUCUUCAUCAUCUACAUCCUCAACCUUGUUCUCUAAUCCGAAUGUACAUAGGUUAAAUGACAACAUUGCUACCACUCUCACUUUAGAAACCAGUCAAUCCAACAGCAAACACAAUAACAACGAUAAUAUCGACAAAACGGACAAUCAAAGAUUACUUGCUUCUUCACCAUCAUACACACACAUAGAGCAUAGUUCCUUCUCGUCUAACCCCACACCAGUACAACACGCACAAUCCUUACCGCCCAUCUUGUCUAAUACACAGAAUCCCUUCACUGCCCAAUCACACCCUACACCUGUACCAAUAUCACAAUCUACCCCUUCUCACAAUAACAAUAGACCUGUCCCACUUCAUCUCACAUCACAGCUUCAUCUUCUUCAGCAUCUUCCAUUCGAUCCACACGUCGUCUGA